UUUUGUGAAUCAUCAUCCAGUGCACUAGUGCAGUUCAUUCUGAGAUUUCGAUGGUGGACGUGACUGUGAAUCUAAUUAAGUUAAUUAUCAACUCACAAUUCGCAUGACGUGGUGUUUUUUUGGAUGUGAAAUUUAAUGCUGAUCAUAUCAUAAAAUUCGACAAGAAUCAUCACACCUAUUCUGCUACAAAGAUGAGCCAGUCAAACCCCUCCGUUGUAUUACCUACCAAAUCAAAAACUUCAAUUCCCGAUUGGUUUUGUAUCACUUCCGGCAUAUGGCGAAAAACCUCAUUCUUGUGGACAAUCAAAGAUUUUAAAGAAUAUCACUGUGAAGUUAACAAAUUGCUCAAGUCAUCAAGCUUCUUCAGCAAUACAGAUCCCGAAUAUGAAUGGUACUUGACCAUUGUUGAAGCUGAAGAGUAUUUCGGAUUAUUUUUGAAUCUUGACAGGGGGGUGAAUGACAAUAACAAUGAAGUAUUCGUCAACAUGACGAUGUGUUUACGAGAUGUAGAAGGAAAUGAAGCACUUGGUCGUCAACAAACCCGAGCGAAAUUCACAGUGGGCAAUGAUCGACACGGAUAUCCGAAUUUUGUUUCAAAGAAGGCAUUAUUCGAUCCUGAUCCGAACAACAAAUUUCUCAUUGAAGACAAACUAACAGUUUUCUGUGAAUUGAAGUUUGCUAAAAUGGAAGGCAACGAUGAUUAUUUACGGCGGAGGCCUGAAGUGAACGUGACAAUUUCUGACAAUGCACUAAAAGGAUUAGAACGUAUGUUGCAUAAUCAAACUUUUGUAGAUGUAACAUUUGUAGUAGAUGGCAAGAAUUUCGGUGCUCACAAAAGUAUUUUAGCAUCGCGUAGCCCCGUUUUUGAGGCCAUGUUCAUACACGAUAUGCAAGAAAAUAGAUCUAACGAAGUUAACAUCUCGGACAUCCGUUCUGAAGUAUUCGACGCAUUUUUACAGUACAUGUAUACUGACAAAACUCCAAAUUGCAAACUGGUGACAGAGUUAUUCGUAGUUGCUGACAAAUAUCAAGUUGAAGGUCUACAGGUGCUCUGUGAAGAAAUUAUAUUGAAGGAAUUAUCGCCAGGAAAUGCGAUCGAUUUGUUAUUAUUUGCUGAUCUUCAUAGGGCAAAACGAUUGCUAAAGCAAGUUGCAUUUUAUAUCAAAAUAAGUCCUAUCAACCUUAUGGCAACCCAGUCAUGGAAAAAUGCGAUUUUGACACGUCCUAAUCUAUUUGAGAUUGUGAAUGGAGUAUGUGAUAUUAAGUGUCCUAUUGGAUCAUCAGAGGUUCAAUUGACCUCAGAUGUUCAACACUAUGUCCGUCCAACAAAAAAAUGAAAUUGAUAGACACCUAGAAACCUACCUAGGUACUCGUACCUACUUGAAUCGUUCUGUAAUAGGCUAGGGUACUUUUUGUAACUUAUACCUUGUGUUGUUUAAUUCAUUCAAUUAAGUAAAUUCUUAGUUAUAGUCAUUGAUGUAGGUGUGGAAUAAUAAUAUUAAAAAAUUGGGAGUUUU